AUGGCACCAGCAUCCGUGGACGAAAAAGAAUACUCUACUGUCAAUGGAGAACAAGAGCAAAUGGAGAUUGAUGAAAGCUCUUCCGAAAUGGGAGAGCAAGCCGAAGAAGAAAAUAGCGAUGAAGAAAUGGAAGAAGAACCUGAUGUAGUUGUCAGCGCAGACAAAGUCGAAAUUGUUGGCAACCACAGUGAUGUUACUGCCUUGACUUUUUGUUUCAAAGAAGAAGAUCACACUCUGGGCAACGCUCUACGACAUGUCAUAAACAAAAACCCAGAAGUAGAUUUUUGUGGUUAUUCUAUUCCACAUCCUUCAGAAGCUAAAAUGAAUGUUCGUAUUCAAACCACAGAGAAUACAACUGCUAUUGAUGCUUUAAAAACCGGCCUUAGUAAUCUAUUAGACCUAGUAGAACAUGUCCAAGAAACAUUUAUCGCAGAAUUUGCAAAGAAAGAGUAUGUGGAAUUUGAAGAAGUAGCAUAA